AUGGGCAUUAUGGUUGGCAAGACGGAGAAAGUGGAUAUGGCCUUUACUCGUGCACAUGGAGUGGCACGCAUCUUAGUGAGCGUUUUGGAUAUUGAGUUCGUGCCUGACGUGGUUAACUGGACCUAUAGAGGAGAGGUGUUUCCUCUUGAGAUCGAGUUUGAGGACGCUGCCCUGUUUGCUGAGGCAAUGAUUGGGAAUGAUGUUGACAUGCACGAGGGGGACGACAGUGCGGGAGCGGAAGGGGCACCGACUGACAAGUCGACCCGUGAGGGGACUAACGGCUCCCAUCCUGUGGCUCAGACCGGGGAUGGGACCGGGGUUGAGCCGGCACCUUCACCAUCGGUGCCUAUGACCUCGUUGCGGUUCGGGUCCUUUGAGCCAGCCUCUGCCCCUCCCAGACUUUGGAGUGACCGGGUAGAUUCUGAUGAGGCGUUUGAGCAGUCACUACCUUUGUUGGAGUUUGAGGAUGCCGGUGGGGCACAGGCUGGAUGCUCGGUGCGGACAUCGUCGGUGAGGAUUUUGGUUGGUUCUGGGGACGGGGAGUCGGUGGUUGCUCCACCGGAGGCUCUCUCUCCUUCGGGCGUGGCGGCGGCGGCCGCGCCUUCAGUGGCGUUGGGGGAGGGGGGCUUGGGGCAGGCGGCUCUGACUCCCACUUCCCCCUUCACUUCCCCGACAUCGGCAUCACUGGUCAUGACGGGACCGGCAGGUGCUGGGAGUGGAGGUCCGAGGCAGGCGGCCUCGGCUCUCUCUCCUUCGGGCGUGGCGGCGGCGCCCGCGCCUUCUGUGGCGUCGGGGGAGGGGGAUCUGGGGCAGGCGGCGGUCAGGAGGACCGCAUCUCCUUCGCCUGUGGCGGCGCCCGAGCCUUUGGUGGCGUUGGGGGGGUAUGGGGCAGGCGGCCCUGACUCCUUCCUCGCCGGCGGUCAGGAGGACCGCAUCUCCUUCGCCUGUGGCGGCGCCCGCGCCUUUGGUGGUGUUGGGGGAGGGGGGUGUGGGGCAGGCGGCCCUGACUCCUCCUUCCUCGUCGGCGGUCAGGAGGUCCGAGCCUCCUCCCAGCGUACCUGUUGUUAUGGGUCUCGGCUUGGGGCACUUGUCCGAGGGGCAUGGGAGCCCGCAAUCGCCUCCUCCGGUUUCCUUGGUUGA